AUAGAUACACAGUAAACGGGAAAUCAAUCAAUAUCAUCCAUAUGCGACCAGUAGUUAUUCAGGUAUAAUAUACACAUAUAUUUCUGCGUACAUAUAAAUAGGGAUAAGACAUUCGAUUUCUUAUUGAACUGUGAAAAAUGUUUUGGGGGUUGAUGAUAUCAAUUUCAUCAUCAAUAUGUGUAGACAUCCAAAUUUGGAAUUAUAAUCGAGACAAAGUGAUGUAUACAUAUAGUAAUAAAGAUAGUUUAUGUUACUAAUUAUUGAUCUGUAAAAUAUCUAUGUGUUUAAAAGGAAAUACCAAUAAUUUUAACUGAUCACUCAUAACUUCUAUAUAUAUAUUUUCUUACUAAACAAGUGGAACCUUUUGUAAUUUGAAUAUCCACAAAAACAGAAAUGCAAAGAUUAUAUUCUAAGCCAGUUACAAACGUUAAUACCGUAAAUAUAUCUGUUAUCGGUAUGAAUGGUUCCGGGAAAUCAGCUGUGGUAGUCAAAUAUCUAACACGUCGUUUCAUCGUUGAAUAUGCACCUUAUUUAAGCGACAGUUACACAAAAAUUGAUUGCGUUGAUGGUCAUGAAUUAACAGUGAAUAUUCAGGAUACCUCAGACAGUGACGAUAUUGAUCUUGACGAUAUCAUUAAAUGGUCCCAGGCAAUCAUUAUAUUAUUUUCUAUGACAAGUCGUCGAAGCUUUUAUCGUGCUCAAGAGUUGGUUGAAGCAGUUCAUCUACAAUGUGAAUUAUUUGACAGAAAACCAAAAUUAUCUGGUUCACAGGCAAGCAAAUCAAAUGUUUCAUCACAGUUCACUUCACCCUUAACUGGUUCUUCUGUUAACAUAUCUUCAUCAAAUCCCGCAUCAACAAAUACACAGAAUUCUCUCAUACAGUCUGGUUCGCUUAGACGUUCAGCUUUAUUUACAAUUAAUACAGCAAAACCACCUUCAUUAUUACUAGUAGCUAAUAAACUAGAUUUAGAGAGAUUUCGUCUGGUACAGAAAACUGAAGCUGAAGAAUUUGCUAAAUCACAUGGUAUUCCAUAUUUUGAGAUAACUGUCGCUGAAACAUACAAAGAAGUGCAGUCAAUUUUUCAUGCUGCUGCUCGCCUAUACCUUCAGUCGAAGGGUAUAAAGCCACGUCAGACAAAUGGACAGCCCACAUCAGGUGGCAGAGGCAUCCUUCCUAGUGGAAAUCCCCCCAGUGUUUUAACAAGUCUAGCUGUUUCACCCAGUCUCUUGUUACAAAAGAAAUCGACAACAAGUUCACCUUUUAGCUCCGAAUCUACAGCAUGCACAGAAGCUGAACCGACCCCUGUAGUUGGAGCGCCCACAUCGAUUCUUUCCAACUUGAGAUUGAGAGCCACUAGCCCUACUUCAGCAACUUCAGCAGUAAAACCACCAAGCUCUGCCCGGUUCCCUAACCCACAGACCUCUCCACCUUCUAAACAAUCAGUUUUGGCAAACAGUCAACCGCAUCUACCUCCAUCAACCCAAUCACAGUCUACUGCUCAAAAUCCACCUACAACCCAUUCUGCAUCUAAUGCAUCAACAACAAAUAUAUUAUCUCGUAAAUCGCCAAGCAUAACUAGCAGAUCGAAUCAGCCUCAGAAUGAACAACGAACUCCUUCAUCUGUUUUACCCGGUAAUGUCAGUGUAACAACCACAGCCCCAGUAAAGCAACCUAUUCGAAAUCCAGCUCCUCCACCAGUCCCACAACCAAAGAAAAAUCCUAUAGGCUUUAAAUUUUUCUCUAAAAGAAAGUAAAUCAGUGUAGACGUUGUUUCAUCAUCAAAAGUAUCACUGAUUGCCAUCUUUUUAAAAUCAUUCAUGAAUAUAUUUUUCUAUCAUCCACAGUUUCAUCUGCUAUUCUUUGUCAAAUGACAGUUAACUGACGUAAACCUGCCGUCAAUCACAAACAAUGUGGGACAAAACGUUCUGUUGCUGAGUAACAAAUUUAAAUGUGUUACUACUGAAUUUUUCUUUCAAUAGGUACAUAUAAAUUAAUUAUUUCCUGAUGUUAAAGUUUUUUGUAGCAUUAUUGUCUGCUACCGUUUAGUGAAGGAGAAAUUAUUUUAACAAAAGAGGAAGAAAUUAUAACUAACUCCUCUUUCAUUCAUAUUUCCACUGUACAGAAUGUAUUUAUGCUUAUAUUACCGUUACAUAUACAUAUGAAUGUACAUUACUUUAUUGGGAGCAGAUUAUUAUUAUUAUUGUUGUUAUAAUUAAUAUUGUAAGUGAUUGUUAAUCUUUUGUGCUUUGAAUUUAUUUCUCAUUUGAAGUAAUAAUUUAUCAAUGAAAUGGGUAAAAGUAGUUUAGUUUUCUUCUCAUUUCCUAUCCAUCAUGUACCGGCAAGGUGAUUUCCCGAUAAUUAUUUUUGUUGAUGAUGACAAACGGUGGACGCACAUUCCCAGUGAGUGGUGAUGUUUUUGGCACUGAGACUAGAACCUUUCACUGGCGUUUCAAAUGUCAAACCAUUAUCCACUAGGCCGUUCCUUAGAUAUAAUCGAAGCAUUCGUACUAGGAGCCGAUAUAUCGGCAGAGGCCCAGCAUUUCAGUUCAACAUAAUUAGUCAA